AUGGACGGCACUACAUCCCAGUUCAGCUCCAAGGCUAGCGCUGUGUCGAACAGUGAUCAAGGUACCCCGGCGAACCUUUCUACCAAGCAGCCACAUGACUCAGCACGCGCUGGCAAGAAGCGAGCACGAGAUGAUGAAGGCUCCCCUGAUACGACUACGGCUGGGCUGAAUGGUUAUUCGAAGACAUCGCUCCCUACGGCAGCGAGUACCAAGCGGACGGUCACCGAUGAACCGAAGAGGAAGAAGCAAAAGACCACCGUAGACCAUAACGAUACCUCAGUCCAAGAGCUCGUCCAGCAGAGCCAUCUUGCGUCGUCUGAUGUGGGUGGAGAUAAACGUACGGACGGCGACCAACCCAUGACCGACACUCCCGAUACAGAGCAUUCCCCCAACGAUGACCCAAAUUCCCAAUCAACGGGAAUGCAGACUCCAUCGCCACCUAUCGGUCCCGAUGGAUUGUUCGAUUAUCCUCCGCGAACACCGAUAGACACCAUCGGAUCAUCGAAACUGCCAGCUCGGAAGCUCAAGUUCAUCCACUGGCAUUUAUUCGAUGACAUCGAUCAACUAGCUGCUGCGAGGAAGCUCCAUGACGAAGAUAGCAACGAACUUCUGCAUACUAGAACCACGCAGAAUAGGUCCAAGCAGUUCCGAGAAGGCGCACGCAAGUGGUACGAAGAGCAGAAAGCGCGACUGCCGUGGGAUCUUAAGAACAAGGCCGAGAAGGCGGCGCUCGUGAACCAAGGCAAGGGUGCUGAUGACUUCCCAUUCAUCGAUCCGAGGACAAUCGGGAAUGGCGCGGCGGCGCCACAAGCUGCUGCUUCGAAGAAGAAGGCGAAGACGACCGCGGCAACGAAAUCCCAGCCGCGGAAGCCGAAGGCGGCACCCAUAGCGACACAACAAAUCUUGAAGCCAGAAACGGUAGCGCCGCCCCAAGCCGCGAAUCAUGUUGCAAUACCAAUUGCCCAACCCACGGUUGAAGACGAUAAUGAUGCAUCCGAGCCAUUCUCACUCUAUUCUGUUUCUGAAGAAGACAUGGCGGCACAGGAGUCCUCGUCGGAGGAAGAGGAGUCUGAGGUAGAGGAAUCCCAGGACGAGAGUGAUGAGGAGUCAGAGCCAGAGGAAUUACCGCCUCCAAAUUUCGCUGACCGGAUCGUGAAGCAUGGUCCAGAUGAAUUCAAUUCGACCGAACCUGGUAUCACUGCACUUGACGCUCUCUUCACCGCCGCCAAUGCCGUCGGAUCUCUCGUUAGAAUCAAGGUCGACGGAUGCACAUUGAAACUGGGAAAAGAUGCGCUGCGCGAACACUGCCAGCGAUUCACCAGCCCCUCGGACGACGAGAAUAUGAACGACGAGCUCGAGCUCGACCUUUCGAUGUUCCCGAGCGAUAUCGUCCAAGCUUUCAUUCAAUGCAUCUCUCCGGUACCCCAAGCCCGCUUGCCACCCCUCGCUUUUAGACCCGACGAGGUGGAUCCUUACUUGGACGGCCAGAACAGGUUCGCCAUUAUUGACGAGUCGAAGAAGUAUUCCCCCUGGCAGAUGUACUGGGACAUGGAGGAAUGCAUCCAGAUGCACCGCCUUGCCGUGUACAUGGAGUGCUCUCUUGUGAAAGACCUGGUUGUCGAUCGAAUGCAUUGGCUUUUCGUGGAGAGCCGGAAAGUGGGACCGACCAAGUCGGGUUUCGAUUUGAUCGCAUUGGCAAAGCCGGAGUACAUCAACAGCCUCAUCUCAGAUGACGAUGCUCCAUUUCUGCGACUAUGGGCCGACAUGAUGAUCGAAGGUCUGAGAGACGCAAAUCCGGAGCUGUUGACGUGGGAGAUGUUCGGCGAGCCCGCCAAACAGGCUAUUGCUGAUGGACUCGCUACUCCCGAGGUAGCCUGCCUCCAUGGAGCCCGCCAAGGUGACUUUUGCGCACAGUAUCAUAGCCACGGUCACCAGCCGUGCCACAAAGAGGUCGCGAAUCAGAUCAACACUGACGACGUAGUGGAGGAACUCUACCUCACUCUUCGGGAGUCAGCAGCUGAGAGGGACUCCGGUACUCUUGAAGAGAUGCAGCGGCUUGUAUCUCGUGAUGAAAAGCGCGAAACGAAUCAUGAGAUAGAGGCCAUCCUGCACCAGAAGUCGUACGUGCUAGAGGAAGAGGCGAUGAAGCUCCAGCUGGAUAUCGAAGACCUCGAGAAGGAGCAGCAAGCCGCAAAAUUCCGACGAGUGAGCCCGAGCAUCUUUGUGGUGGCGCUUAAUGCAGCUCUUAGGCGACAGAGUGAAAUUCGCAAAGAAAUGAAGAUGAUGUGGGAAAAGUUCGAUGCGUAUGGGACCUGGAGUCGCAAAAGUAACGGCGAGGACCGGGAAGACGCAUGCAGCGAGGAUAGGGAUGGAGACGACAGGUCUGAAAGUGGGAGUGGGACCGACACUGAAGACGAGGAGAUGACGGACGUAGAGGAUGAUAUUGACGAGUGA